AUGGAAUUCCUCUCUGCCAUGAGUGUAGGAAGUGUGAAUUCUGGAAAGGAAAUUCUUCUAAGUGCUGUUCUACCAUUGUUGAAACUCCUCUCUCUCACUGUCAUUGGUCUGAUUCUUGCCCACCCCAAAACCCAAAUUGUCCCGAGAGCCACUUUUAAGCUUCUUAGCAAGCUUGUUUUUGCCCUCUUCUUGCCUUGUACGAUCUUCAUUCACCUCGGUGAAUCCAUUACUCUACAAAAUUUCAUCGAUUGGUGGUUCAUACCCGUAAAUGUGAUCCUCAGUACUGCUAUUGGUUGUGUGUUGGGGUUCUUGGUCGCAAUAAUAUGCCGACCACCUCCUGAAUUCAUCAGAUUCACUGUAAUUGUGACGGCCUUUAGUAACACUGGCAGUCUGCCCCUAGCUAUUGUUGGGUCCGUGUGCCAUAGCACAGAUAAUCCUUUUGGUCCAGAAUGCCAUAGGACUGGUAUUGCUUAUGUUUCUUUUGCCCAAUGGGUUGCUGUUCUUCUUGUUUAUACCCUUGUUUAUCACAUGAUGGAGCCCCCGUUAGAGUAUUACGAGGUGGUUGAGGAGGAAGGUUUUGAGAUUCAGGAACAAUUAUUGGUAGACAAUCUCAGUAGGCCACUUCUUGUGGAAGCUGAAUGGCCUGGAAUGGAAGAUAAAGAAACUGAGCAUUGCAAGACGCCAAUCAUUGCAAGGGUCUUUACUAGUGUCUCUAGCAUUUCACAAAGUUCUGUACCCGACCCUGAUUCACUGGAAGAGGGAGGUCCAAGGAGUCCCAAAUCUAUUAGGUGCUUGGCAGAGCCCAGGAUGGUUAGAAGGAUACGAAUUGUUGCUGAGAAAACGCCUAUCCUUCAUAUCCUUCAGCCUCCCACAUUUGCUACCCUGUUGGCCAUCAUUAUUGGAAUAGUCCCUUUCCUCAAAAGGGUUGUUUAUGGCGAUGAUGCACCACUUUCAUUUAUCACCGAUAGUUUAGACAUUGUGGCUGGAGCAAUGGUGCCUUCAGUAAUGCUAAUUCUUGGAGGAAUGCUUGCUGAGGGUCCCAAUGAAUCUAGACUAGGGCUUCGAACUACAAUUGGCAUCAUCAUUGCAAGACUUCUGAUACUUCCUUUGAUUGGAAUAGGGGUGGUUUGUUUGGCUGAUAGACUGAACUUUUUGAUCCAUGGGGAUCAAAUGUAUCGGUUCGUGCUUUUGUUGCAAUACACAACACCAAGCGCCAUAUUGUUGGGAGCAGUUGCUAGCUUGAGAGGUUAUGCAGUUAGCGAAGCAUCAGCACUCCUCUUCUGGCAGCAUGUGUUUGCUGUGUGCUCCCUUUCAGUGUAUAUCAUUAUCUACUUCAAACUGCUGCUUUCUUAUGUCUAA